AUGUCGUCCCUGUUCGCAAGGGACAGCCAGCUGGUGGUGCGGGAGCUGGGCAGGAAGGGGGAGCUGGUGCCCGCGGACAGCCUGACCAGCGCCCCCCGCCUGCGACCCUUCUGCGUGCUGAGGAAGAAGUGCAGGCGCCACCCCUGGCCUUGGGGCGCCCGCCUCAUCCCCACCGACUUCUCGCUCCUGGACCUGCUGGAGCCCGGCUCCCCGGCCCCAGAGGUCAGCCGGAGCCAGCCUACCCAUAUCCACAAGUCUGUGACUCGCGGGGUGACAGGAGCCGUGAGCGUCGGGCUGCAGGGCAAGGUGGCAGGGGGCACGCUGGCCGUGCAGACCCUCAGCAUUUCCCCUCACACCUGGGAGAGCCUGAUGGAGAGCAGGAAACUGAGGACACCCAGGCCCUUGCUGCUCAGGGAGCUGCAGAGCCGGAUGGAGAGGGAGCACCUGUACGUGGUGACAGAAGCGGUGGAGACUCUGCAGGAAACCACGCUUCAGAGCCUCGGCAGAGCAGAGGGGACCGGGCAGCUGUCCUUCCCCGGGCUGGGCCAUCUGAAGGUCCAGGGGCAGAGCAACAUGGUCAGAGAGAAGAUAGUGACCAUCCCACAGGGCAGUGUCAUGGCCUACAGAGUGCUGCAGCUGGUGGUUGAAGAGGAUCACUGGGGUGAGGAGCAGGACUUCCAGGACCUGCGGAGCCAGGUGGCUGCCCAGCUGCAGGACCUGGCCACACUGUCCCCAGAGCUACGCAAGACACUGCUGGGUGCCCUCCACGGAUUGCUCGGGGACCCUCAGGCGCUCCAGGAACUGGAGGAUGUGCUGGAGCAGGCCCUGGACGCCGGGUUGCUGGGACAGUUGCAGGGCCCUGGCGGUGUCAUCGUGUGCAGCCUGCAGGACCCCUCAGGCAACCUGUCGCCCUCCAGAGGCAGGGCCUUCCUCCACCUCCUGGGAGCCCUAGUGGUGCUGAAUGACAGCCAGCAGAGGCUGCUGGCCCAGGUCCUGGAGAGACAGAUCCUGCCUCAGCAACUGGAGCUGGUGGCAAGCAUCCUAGAGCCCAACUUCUCUCAGAUGGAGGAAGCAAGAUUUUCCCUCCCACCAGAGGUCCUCUCAGCCCUGCCCAGUGAGGCUGUGGCCCUUGCCUUUAGCCUGCUGGAGAACUGUGGGCUGGAGCUCCAGGGGCCCGGCUGCCAGCUCAGCUGGGACCCCGCUGCAGUGCCACAGGUCUCUGCACUGCAUGGGUGCUUGGAAGGGCUGCAGCUGCUGGCCGGUUCCAGCCAGGGGCCCCUCCCAGCCAGUGUCUGA